AUGCGAUCAGGUUUGCUUUACCAUAUCCAGGAACGAGGAACCCGGUGGAAUAUAAUCAAAUCUGGACUCCCGGUCGCCCUGUUCCAGUGCCUAUAUUUCUUCUUUGCCUUUCCCCUGGAGGAAGCCGGUGGAAACACUGGGAUGAGUCAAGCCGAACAUCAGGCGCAGGAAAUGUUUGUGCAGACAAUGCUCAACAUUUAUGCAGAAGAACAAGGGGUGGAGGAACUUCUCACGGCUACUGACCUUCAGUCGCUAAUCAUAGCAACAACCUCCUUUUGGGACCAAGGUAGCCCUUCUUGGAAAGGACCCACAAGCCACGUGCUCCGAACCAUUUCAAAGGCCCAGUCCAGAAACACAAUUUCAUAUUUGCAAGCUAUGGAUUGCAUCAAAAUUUCUGUUCAGAAUUUGUCCAAACUCGCUGACUCCCUGUCUCCUCGUGAUGUAUGCGAAGCGGUCAACAUCAUCCUGUGCUUUGUGAGGGAUUCAUACCCGAUCUCUCCUGCCUUGCUUUUGGAGUUUGAGAACAACGGGGGCUAUCAGCUCCUGCUGAAAGUGUUUCUCAGAUAUGAAGGGCUGCUGAGCAGCAAAGAAGAUGCCAGUGUUAAAGAAAUGCUGGAUUUCCUGGCACAACUGACUGUUUGCGGGAAAACAGAACUGAAGGUUUCAGGCAAUAUUACACCUCCCCAGCUCCCGCAAUUCAGUGCUAAACAGUCCCCUUCUCCGGGUAUGUAUCAUGUGGCCAAUGGAAAUACGGUGAAAAACCUGAAAGCCUUCCAGGUGCUAGAGUCCCUUUUUCGGAAAUCCAGCAACGCAGAGCUCUGCAAGCACAUCUUGCUGGCCCUGAAAGAUAUCUGGACCUGGGACCCCAUGAACUUCUUCCUCCUCGAGUGGUCUCUGCAGCCCAUUUCCCAGUUUGUGGGCAUCAUCCCUCUCAAGCCCACGCUGGUCCAGAGACAGUUCUUCCAGUUGGUGGAAUCCUUGGUGCUCGAUCUCUCGUACAUCCCCCACGAGAUCCUGAAGGACGUUCAGGGCUUGGUCAAGGAGAGUCCCGAGCCGUUGUGCACUUCACUUGCUCUGCGCUGCCUCCACAGCAUCACACAGAGGGACCUGCUCUUCACAGAUAUCUUCAGAGACUCGGGGCUCUUGGGAAUGCUUCUCGCGCAACUACGCAAAGAGGCGAAGAUAUUGAGAAAGAAAGGUGGAAACCAAGCAGUGUAUCAGGAUCAGGCGAUGGAAAGAGAGCUCACCAAUAGGACACUGAAGCUGGUGGCCACUCUUACAGGAGGAUCUGUUAGGAACACAGUGGUUCUCAGAGACUACGGGAUGGUGCCAUAUAUCAAGAUUUUUAUAGACGAUGAAUUGUACCGAAAUGACACCCUGACUAUCUUGGAGCAUCUGUCAGUUAUCAACCCUGAGGAGUACAUGAGCAUCAUUGUUGGGGCCUUGUGUUCUUCUACCCAAGGGGAACUAAACUUCAAGCUGGAUCUGCUUAAGUCUCUCCUGAGGACACUGGAUAAUCCCAAGGGUCGUUCAGCCUUCAGAACCAGCAGUGGUUUUAAUGGACUGCUCUCUCUGCUGGCUGACAUGGAAGGUGCGUUGCAGGAUCCGCCCUCAAGCUUGUGGGCCCCAUUUGGUCCUAGCCACAUAAUGGAGCUCGUACUGCAUAUACUCCAAGCAAUAGCGGCUGCUAUCUAUUCGGACGCAGUCAACGGUGAUUUUUUCCAAAAGAACGGGCUCUUUGACAAGAUGGCGGAGGACCUUGGCUUGCUAGGCUGCUUCUCAGAACAGAAGUGGGGACAGAUUCCAGUGCAGCUCCACGCAACACGGUCGUUUGCUGAAUUUUCAAAUGCAGCUGUUUCCUCACCUGAGUCCUUUCCUACCUGGCUUAAAAGCUGCGUAAUGAUACUCAGUUUCCUUGACAUCAUGGCCAAGAGGAACCCCUUCGAACUCAAGAGCUACUUGGUGGGGAUGAAGCUAGGUGUAGACCAAGUCCCUCAAGAUGUCAAAGAAAAUAAACCAGAAGAAACGGAAGACAACUUGGAGCAUGUAGCUGAAAACAGAGCACCUGCAGACCUACAGCCAGAAUUCAAAGACAGGUUAGAUGCUGAGGACUGGGCAAUUGUGUGUCCUGGGGCUCUUUGUGUCAUGGUGAAACUGAUUUGCAAGCUCUACAAUGAGGCACACCCAGAACUGUCAUGGGAAAUCCAAUACGCUGUGGCCAAUCACAUCCAGUCCUUGAUGAAGAUGGAGAAGAAUCGCCAAGUGGCGUGUGGAGCUGGCAUGCUGAACGCUCUUGUUACCUCCUGCUUAGAGGUGCUACACAAUGACAACAACCCCUUGCAUCUGCCUCUAAUCAGACUCUUUGAGAAACUUGCGUCCCAGUCAAUUGAGCCCAAUGUCUUAAGACAGUUUCUUUGCCUCAGGACAACAUGGCUGCCUGUAGCAUCGGGGCCUGGUGUAAGCCCAUCCUCAACUUCUCUCUGUGACAGAAGUGGCUUGUGUCAUGCAUCUUGGAAUGAAGGUUCCUUAGUCACUAUAGCGAACAGUUCUGCAAAUUUUCAUCGGGCUUCCAUGGGUUCAGACGCAUCCUGGAUAUCCAACAGCUCUGCCCUAGCUCUCCAGGCAGCCAUGAGCCUGGUCUCCAUGACGACGCCACGCAGCCUGGAUUCCCAUCAUGCCUGCCUGGCACCUUCGUUUGUGGAAUUCAACAUGUCUCUGGAAGGAUACGGCUGUCUGUUUCUUCCAGCAUUGUCUACUGUUCUGGGCCCCAACGCUGAAUCCUCCAUCUUGGGAGGAACUGGAAAAGGCCCCAGGCCGUUCCCCCCAUUGGGUGGCCUGACUUUCUCCUCCUGGUUCCUGGUCAGCAAGAUGGGCUCUGUUCACAGUGGCCACCCUCUCCGGUUCCUCACGCUGGUGCGUCACAUGGCGAGGACGGAAGAAGAAUUCGUCUGCUUUGCCGUGAGCUUUUCUCCCAUGGAUGGUUGCCUGACCAUCUCCACCGAGGAAGUGGCAUUCCAGGCCCUAGACAUGAUGGAACCUGAAUUUGGAGAUCUUGGUCGGUCCUCUGCCUUAUCUCAAGUCCAGUUCAGAUGCGCCAAGCUGCUGGUGACCAGGCGGUGGCACCAUUUGGCGGUGACCGUGGCAAAAGAAACGAAACAGACCUGCACCGUUUCAGCCUAUGUCAACGGGCAGAGAGUUGGCUCUGCGAAGAUGCAGUACAUCCAGCCUCUCCCAGGGAGAUUCGUCUCCAUGGACCCAUCUUCCUUUAUCGACGUCUACGGUUAUGUGGCUACCCCACGGAUUUGGAAACAGAAGAGCUCCCUGACUUGGUGCCAGGGCCCGAUGUAUUUGUUCGAAGAAGCUCUCUCUGUGGGAACUCUGCAGCUUAUUGCCAACCUUGGUCCGAGAUACUGUAGCAACUUCCAAGCGGUGGGGUUUAAAGGCGCAAGCUCUUGUAGCAGUGUACUGACUGCAGCCUUGGUAGCGCAGGAGAAGAUUUCAUUUGGAAUCAACGCCAUGAACUCAACUUAUACCACGAUCAAAGAUAUAAGGGACUUCUAUGGCGAGGUGGACGGUCGCCUGAUCGCUAAGGAGCUGGAGCUCUCUUCUCGUGACAGCACAACGCCAGUUUUCAUGUCUCGAAAUACUGCAGGGAAACUUGCGGGCCCCUUAAGAACUGUUGGAUCAGUUGCUGUAGGCCUGUGUGGGACCCGGGUUUUCCAGUCCUGCCCAGCAGCUGUCAGUCUGAACUACAUAGGAGGCCCUGCUAUUAUGCUGGGUCUCCUUGCCAUGGCUCAAGAUGACCACACUGUGUAUGCUGCUGUCAAAGUCUUGCACUCUGUUCUCUGCAGCAGUGCAAUGAGCGAAAAUCUAAUGAGACAGAUUGGGGGGUACCAGCUCCUGGCAUACCUGCUGAAAAGAAAGAUCCAUUUGUUAAACAGCAGAAUUCUGCAACUCGUCUUCGCCAUUGCAGGCAUCGCCGAGAUCAGCCUGGAGGCCCCCACUAUCAAGAACUUGGAGGCAUUCCAGCAUAUUGUCUGCUGCUUUGAGCUUUGGUGCCGUGCCCCUGAAAAUAUGGAGAUUUCUCUCUUUGAACACCUAACAGAAAUCCUACAAACUUCAAGAAAAGGAAGCUGGAAUGGGAAACUUGCUCAUCGGGUGCAGAUGGUACCCAGGCUUUUUAUUCUCUUCAGUGACCCUGAGAUUACACACUCUCGCAUCAGCAGGAUCUGUACAGUACUGUCCCAUAUGCUACGCAGCCAUUUCAGCAUCAAAGAUAUUGAUUGGGUCGGCUUGUUCUUGGUUUACACUUUAUACCCUUCCUCUGUGGAUGAAAGCCGUACCUGCCCGGACUAUGAAGAUGGCUUAGGCCAAACAUCUGGGAAAAUGAUUUGGCUACGAAACCAGCUGCUGAGAAUGCUGCUAGAUGUGAUGCGUUCCGAUGAACUUUAUUUUUCCUCUGAGAUCCAGGAAGAGGUAUUCCAGACCCUGGGGCCCGACUGGUUCAUGAUGUUCACACAAAGCCACGUACACCCAAGCACAGUUGUGCUGGCUGUGAAGUUCCUACUUCAUUUUCUCCACAAUCGCACACUGCUGCAUAAAUUUAAAGAGGGGAUGAUGGCUGGCCUCUGGCUUGAGAACAGCUCGGCGGGGCUGAAUAUUUUGAUGGAUAAUUUAAAGAGCUGCCCCCAUACCUCUGAGUGCAACCCAUACCUGCUGCCUGGAUUUGCAGAGCUCAAAACAUUCCUGAGCAAGUUUGUUCAUGUCCCUGAGAUCUACUUCCUUCUGUCGGGACUGUUUUUGGCCACCCCAGUGUUUGAGCCACCAGAUGAAACCAAGGCAGAUUUGGACUCAAUGUUACAAUGGCUGCUGUACAACCACUGUAAGGAUGCUGUGGCCAGAGUUGGGUUGUGCCCGGAGGGAGCGGUUCUUCUGCUAGAGAUGGUGAAGUCCAUAGUGAAACAGACUCCAGCAGGUACAGAGGAUUCUUGGGAGAUCACUUACCCAGGGCAUAUCAUGCAGUUCAUCUACCUCGUUUAUCACAAAUACUCUGAGGAUCCUCUUUGGUACAACUCUGACUUCAUCCAAGCCUUGGCCCUGGUCAUCUUCCCCCCUGCAGUAUCUCAGGGCAACAUUUCACCUUCCAACAGCCUGGCGACUGACUCUGACACUAAGAAAAAUGAUGCCUUUUCUUCUUCUCUGCACCCUGCUAGGAAACAAGUGUGGGACUUCAUACGCCUCCUCCUGAUGGAAAAAAUGCUCGUUUUCUCCACUGAGAGACAGUGGCACCCCUUGGAGUUACUUCUUGAGGCUUCUGAAGAGAACGCCACUGCCGAGCAGAGGAAGUGCUUCCAGACAGAGCUGUUACUUUCCAUCAUAGAUAUCUUCUACAUAAUUGGCCAAGAUGAUGGGGAGGCAUCAAACACACAAGGGAACGGCGAUGCCAAAAAUGUUUCGGAGUCGGCCAUGCCUUCACUUCUCGUGAAUAUUUCCUAUUUUAUCCAGAAGCUGGUAGAGAAGCUUUAUGCUGGAAUGUUUGCCGCUGACCCUAGAAAAGUUCUUCUUUUCCUUGCAGAGCAAGUGACCGUGGUCACAGAAAAGGGUUCUCUCCACAAGGAACCCGUCCUAAACAUUCUGUACAGCAGCUUGAACCGAGCCAUUCUAUACUACCUUUCGACUUCCCUUCCUGAUCACCAGAGGCUGCUCAGCGUCCUUCAGACUCUGCAGCAGCAGUGGGACGUCAUCUUUGCAACGCACAACUCUAGCCUGGACUUCACCAUCUGCCUUCUGUAUUGCCUGUUGCAACUCAGGCCCGCGAGCGAUCCGGAAAACCACGAAGCAAAGCAGAGAGCAAUGUCUGAUUCCCGUAUUUUCCUGGACCCAGGCAAAGACGAGGGGAGGACGGAUGAUAACUCUGCUUUAAAGAAUGUUCAGCAAGACAUCUGGAAGACAACCGAAGCCAUCUGGAUUCAACUUCUCUCUCAAAGGAGAAAGGAUUUGGAAGAUGCCUACAAGAUGUCUCUCUCUACAGAGACAGGAGACAACGCUGAGAAAGUGAAGAUGACCGACACGAGUCCAUUCUGGGAAGAAAUCAUGAGAAAGGCUUGGAGGCAUUUCCUAGCGUCAGAAAAGAAAAUUCCCCAGAGCAAGGUUCCAGCUCAGCCUUCAGACAAGCCGCGUUCUUGGAGCGGAAGCUUGUCUUCAGCGGUGAAACUGACCCCCAGCCGGAACCCUAAGCAGACAGGAUACAAAACACAGGACUUUGCAUUGCGUUUGGAAGAAUACCGGAGAAGUGGUCAAGAACUGUAUGCGCUUUUGUGCAAGGACCAUGCUGAGAGGUUAAUGUGCGGGUACAACAAAUCUGCAAAAGCCUGGGCAGACCUUGAGGAGCAGCUGUUUCGGAGAGGAGGACCUUGGGCGUCUACCUUAGCCCCUUCUACUUCAAGGUGGAUCCUGGAUGGAUACGAAGGCCCUUCCCGGAUGAGGAAGAGGGUUUGGCUCAGAGUCACCUAUCAUACAGCUGUGUCAACAAGGAACAAGUUGCAUAAUUCCUCUGCUCAGGCUCAUCAGCCGCACAACAGCACAUUUGCUGUAACCCCGGAGGAAAGCCAAGGAGAGCCAAGGCUAAAUGGAAGAGAAGGAGAGAUGGAUUGUGGGCAGCUGACAUUCUUCCCCGCCCUGCAUGAAAGUUUCCAGUCGGAAGAAUUUUUGGAAAUGUGCACAGAGCGGAAAAUCAUCCUGCAAGAGUUUGUACAGGAUGAAAAGAUUACAUGCAGGCAAUCGGUGGUGGUCGUUCAGGGACACAUUGUGUUGGAAGGAGCGCUUCUCUUUGGCCAAGAACAUUUCUACAUCUGCAAGAAUUUCACUGUGUCCCCGCUGGGGGAAGUUUACUGCACAAAGCACUGCAUAACCAGCAUUAGUGAUUCGUUCAUUCACAGCUUGUGUGACAAAGACCAGGCCACGGGACAGGCUACAUGUUCCUGCCAUUCCUACAGUGACAUUAAAGAGAUCCAUCCGAUGUGCUUUCUUCUACAGGAGAUUGCCUUGGAAAUCUUCUUCAGAAGUGGCUACUCCAUAUUCCUUGUAUUCCACAACAGUGACAGGACGAAAACCCUGAAAAGAUUUUAUUCGAAGAAGCCUAAUCUGAAAUCGAAAGGCAUCACAGAAGCAUCGAUUAAUAUAAGGAGAAGCGCUGGAAGGGAGAAGACGAUGCUCUUGAAGUGGCAGAGGAGAGAGAUCAGCAACUUCGAUUACCUCAUGUACCUGAACACUCUGGCCGGGCGCACCUACAGCGACCUCAUGCAGUACCCAGUGUUCCCGUGGGUGCUUGCUGACUAUCACUCCCAGACUCUGGACCUUGCCAAUCCCAGCGCCUUUCGCGACUUCGCCAAGCCCAUGGGGGCGCAAACCAGAGAGAGGAAAAGGAAAUUUCUCCAGCGUUACGAAGAAGUAGAGAAGAGCGAAGGUAACCUCUCAGCCCAGUGCCAUUACUGCACCCACUACUCAUCGGCAAUUAUUGUGGCUUCCUACCUGGUUCGCAUGGAGCCUUUCAACCAGAUCUUCUGCUCGUUGCAGGGAGGCGGUUUUGAUGUUGCCGAGAGGAUGUUCCACAGCAUGAAGAGCACCUGGGACUCAGCCUCAAGAGAUAACAUGACGGACGUGAGGGAGCUCAUCCCCGAGUUUUUUUACCUCCCCGAAUUCUUAACAAACUGCAACCAGUUUGCACUCGGAAGCUUGCAAGAUGGGACCUCGCUGGGUGACGUGCUGUUGCCACCCUGGGCAGAAGGAAGCCCUCAUAAGUUUAUCAGCUUGCACAGACAGGCACUGGAGAGCGAUUAUGUCGGCAACCAUAUCCACCACUGGAUAGAUCUGAUCUUUGGCUACAAGCAACGUGGCCCAGCAGCAGCGAAGGCUGUGAACGUCUUUCAUCCCUAUUUCUACGGUGAUCAGGUGCACCCGGACAGCAUCAGCGACCCACUCAUCAAAAACACCGUCUUGGGGUUUGUCAGCAACUUCGGACAGAUCCCAAAGCAGCUUUUCACCAAACCACACCCGGCCAGGAAUGCCUUGGGGAAGCAUACGAUGAGCAGAGACAGCAUCCUCUUCUCUCAAACAGCUAGUCAUCUGCCUCCGACACUCAACAACCUGCGUAAUCUGAAGCCUUCAUCAGUUGCUGUCAAAGAGGCACCUCAAGGACCUGUGGGUCACAUUGUAUGUACCGAAAAGGGAACUUUGGCCGUGGGGGGAAACAAAAUUUUGAUCCCCCCACAGUGGAAUAAAGUGUUUUGCUGGGGUUUCGAUGACUUCACCUGCUGCCUAGCUGCUUCCGGGUCAGACAAGAAGGUGACCACAUUUGAAGCCAUGGCUGAUUGGGGGGUUUGCCUCUGUGCUGUUUGCCCCACACCAACGACACUCAUCACCUCCGGAAGCAGCUCUGUGUUGUGCGUCUGGGAGCUGUCCGUGGCGAGAGAUGGAGGCGCUUGCUUAAACCUGAAGCAGCCUCUGUACGGGCACACGCAGCCUGUGACCUGCUUGGCUGCCUCCACGUCCUACAGCAUCAUCGUGAGCGGGUCUGCCGACAGAUCCUGCAUCAUCUGGGACCUGAACCACCUGACACCCAUCGCCCAGCUUCCUGCCCACGAGGCCUGCCUCUCGGCUGUUGCCAUCAAUGAUUCAACGGGUGACGUGGCCUCCUGUGCUGGGACAGCCCUCUACUUAUGGAACGUCAAUGGACAGCCUCUGGCUACAGCAUCCUUCAGCCCUGGAGCCACAAUUUUGUGCUGCUGCUUCAUGGAAGUGAUUGACUGGGAUGUGCAGAGCCUCAUAGUCACGGGAGACACAGGGGGGGCUGUGAAGAUCUGGAAAGUUGAAAAUAAUUCACACCCAUGCCAGGACAUUAGUAUGAGAUCACAAAAUAACUCAUCUGAAUGCCAAGGAAAAACAGGCAACAAGGUGGAGAAACCAUUCACCCUCUGCCUGGAGAUGAAUCUCAGCACGACUCCGUCGGAGAGAACGAGCAAAACCAUUCCAGCUGUCACAGCCCUGGCGGUUUCCAGGAAUUAUUCCAAGCUCCUGGCCGGCGAUGACACAGGAAAGCUCUUCUGCUGGUCAGUAGAUGAGUAGGAAGAACCAUCGACUGGUCCUCGGUGGCCUAACCCGGACUGUUUCAGCACACAGAGAUUUGCAGCCGUGAGAUGUGCAGAGAAUGAUGAACCACAAUGCCAGGCAGAGACAGGUGUAGGUCUUGGGUAUAAACUCUGCCAUAGCCUAAGCCUAGUAUUAAAAAAUGUGGUACGAACCCAAAGACUUCCUCCUGCUAAACCAAUGCUGGAGGUUAAGGAAAUGUCCUUAUUUCCAGCAUUUAUUCUUUCCAGGAAACUUGGCAGCUGUGGACUACAACCUUUGACCCUGGCCUGUGAACCCUCUAAAACUUACCGUAAUCAUGGGGAAAGGGGGGGGGUUUAACCUGGGAUCCAACCCAGCUCCAUUUUAUCUCCCCACCGCACCCAAUUCAGUUACCAAAGGUCUGUUUGUCUAGGCCCUAGGGCAUGAUAAUUUUUUUUGAAGUGCACUGCCAGUGUGCCCACCGGUUCCCCCUAUGGCACCCACAAAAGGCAUUGGUAAAUGCCCUCUAAAAAAAUCCACAAUGCGCAAGGCAGCUCUUCCUGCUGGGUUCCCGUUUGCAAUGCCUUGGCCUCUCCUAACUUGAGCAUGCCCCCUUUAAACUCACUCGCAUGCCCGGAUUAGACACCCCCUCUCCCUUCCCUUGCGAGCAGAGCUUCUCUCUGAGCGAAUGUGCUGGUUAACUGACAGAGGUUCCUUUCCCCCGUCGAUGGAGGAGCCAUGCCCACACCAUUUUGUGGCCCUUUUCUGCUCUUUUGGAUGUGGCGGCCAUUUUGAGAAGUGUUGCCAUGACCCCCUGGCAGCCAUCCCAUCAUGACCCUUUCU